UUUGAUGAAGGAUAAAAUUCGUUGUAAAAAAGUUCUUAUUAUUCUUGAUGAUGUGAAUAAUGUGAAACAAUUGGAAAUCUUAGCAGGAGAACAUGGCUGGUUUGGUAAAGGAAGUAGAAUUAUUAUCACAACUAAGAAAAAACAUCUACUACAGCAUAAAGUGGAUGAAUUUUAUCAGAUUGAGGAAUUAGGCACCCUUGAAGCUCUAGAAAUCUUUAGUCACCAUGCCAAUACUAAAGGAGAAUCCUUGUGUAAGUUUUCUCACCUAUCAACGCAAGUAAUAAAGUAUUGUGGUUUCCAUCCUUUGGCUCUUAAAGUUGUGGGUACUUUUCUACGUGGCAAGAGCUACUUGCAGUGGCAAGUUCAGUUGGAAAAUUUGGCUAGAGAGUCUGCUAGAGAAAAUUUGGGUAUUAGAGCAAGUUAUAAUGGAUUAAAUCUUCGAGAGAAGGAUAUAUUCCUUGAUGUUGCAUGUUUCUUCAAAGGGGAGCACAAAGAUUUUGUUGCAAAAAUGCUGAAUGAACAUGAUUUCUCUGCUGAAAAAGGAAUAGAAGUUCUAACUGAUAGGUGCCUCGUAACAGUUUCAGAAAGAAAGUUAUGGGUGCAGAGUAUAAUACAAGAAUUGGGCUGGCAAAUUGUUCGGGAAGCAGGCAAACCUUGCCGCUUUUUGGAUCAUAUGAAUAUCCAACGCCUAUUGAGAACAAAAAAGGGGAUACGUGAAGUUGAAGGCAUAUCCCUAGACCUAUCCAAAUCAAAGGAUAUAGAUUUUUCUACAGAAGCCUUUGAAAAGAUGACUGAACUUAAAUUGCUAAAAGUCUUCUUGGGUUCUGAUUGCAUAGAUGGAAAGGAGAAUUAUAAAGUGAAUCUUUCUACGGACUUUGGACUUCGUUGUUCUGUGUUAAGGUACCUCCAUUGGCAUGGAUACCAACUAGAAUCUUAUCCUCCAAAUUUUGAGGUAGUGGAGCUUCUUGAACUCAACAUGCCAUAUAGCUGCCUAAAACAAAUUACCGGGAAUGAGAUUCAUUUUCCAAAGUUGACUACCCUCAAUCUUAGUCACUCCCAACACUUGGAAAAUAUCCCAAACUUCUCGAGGAUGCCAAAUUUGGAGAGACUGGUUCUUGAAGAUUGUAGAAGUUUGGUUAAGGUUGACCCAUCUAUUGGAAAUCUGAACAAGGUUUCUUUGAUGAAUUUGAAAGACUGCAAAAGGCUUAAUAGUCUUCCAAAGAGCAUUUGUAAAUUCAAAUUUCUUGAAACUCUUAUUCUCGCGGGUUGUUCGAGACUUGAGAAAUUGCUAGGUGACUGGGAGGAACGGCAAAGUUCAGUAAACCUGAUGGCAAGUCGAACUUAUAGAAGAGUCAUCAUUCUACCUCCGACGCUAAGAAUUCUUCACUUGGGGCAUUGCAAGAGGUUUCAAGAAAUUCUAAAGCUUCCUUCAAGUAUCCAAGAAGUAGAUGCAUACAACUGCAUUUCUAUGGGAACUUUAUCGUGGAACACCAGACUAGGAGCAUCGAUUUUACAGAGGAUCAAGAUUAAUCCGGAAUCUGCAUUUUCUAUUGUUCUUCCUGGGAAUACAAUUCCAGACGGUUGGAACCCCCAUAAGGUGACGGGAUCUUCAGUGACUAUGAAGCUGAAAAAUCCUGAUCGGGACAACGAUGACUUCUUGGGAUUUGCUGUGUGCCUUGUUUUUGCACCACAGGCUGAAAGGCCUCAGCUAAAUCCUGAAAUAUUGUGUGAAUUGAAGAAUUUCACAUUUUUCUACUGUUGUGGCGAGGACAGUGUAGAUGAAUUUCCAGAGUCAGAUCAAGAAUGGGGAAACAACAGUACAGAUCACGUAUGGUUGGCAUACCGACCACAUGCUCGAGCUGAUAGAUGUCAUCCUAAAGAACGGAAUCAUAUUAAGGCUUCAUUUGAAGUCUUUGACUCUGUGGUGAAAAAGUGUGCUAUUCGCCUUAUAUACAAGUAGUGUUUGGGUAAGAAACCCAGUGAAAAUGGAAUUUGUGGCUCAUACUCCGUUGAUAACUCCAUUAUUCAUGAUAUUUCUUCCAGCUUCCAAAA